GAUUCCCCUCCCGCCGCUUUGAUUUCGGGCACCUCCGACAGAUAAUUGGGAAGGGUUUCCUGAAGGUGGGAAAUGUCACCUGAUUCACACUGAACUUUUAAAAAGCUCCCCACCCCCCCAGGAGCCGCGCACACCCUCGCUCGUGGCCGCCCUCCCACAGCCCCACACACUGGGAGACCGCCCACCGCAAACCGCGGAGACCCCCGUCUAGAUUUAAAGCGCGGCUGCGCCCGGCUUCUGACGUCCAUUGAAUCGCGCGGGCGGCCGGCGGCGAGCGCGGGGCUGCGCCAGGAUCGCUGCGCCCUCCGCCGCUCGCCUCCCAGACGCGCGUCGCCUGCCCGAGCCACCCGCCGCCGCCGCGCUCCCUGCUCGCCCCGCGCCUGCCCCACGAUGGUCCGCGCGAGGCACCAGCCCGGCGGGCUCUGCCUCCUGCUGCUGCUGCUCUGCCAGUUCAUGGAGGACCGCAGCGCCCAGGCUGGGAAUUGCUGGCUCCGCCAAGCCAAGAACGGCCGCUGCCAGGUCCUGUACAAGACCGAACUGAGCAAGGAGGAGUGCUGCAGCACCGGGCGCCUGAGCACCUCGUGGACCGAGGAGGACGUGAAUGACAACACUCUCUUCAAGUGGAUGAUUUUCAACGGGGGCGCCCCCAACUGCAUCCCUUGUAAAGAAACGUGUGAGGACGUGGACUGUGGACCAGGAAAGAAAUGCCGAAUGAACAAGAAGAACAAACCACGCUGUGUCUGUGCCCCAGAUUGUUCCAAUAUCACCUGGAAGGGUCCAGUCUGUGGGCUGGAUGGGAAAACCUACCGCAAUGAAUGUGCACUCCUCAAGGCCAGAUGUAAAGAACAGCCAGAACUGGAAGUCCAGUACCAGGGCAAAUGUAAAAAGACCUGCCGUGAUGUUUUCUGCCCAGGCAGUUCCACCUGUGUGGUAGACCAGACCAAUAAUGCCUACUGUGUGACCUGUAAUCGGAUUUGCCCAGAACCCACUUCCUCCGAGCAGUAUCUCUGUGGGAAUGAUGGGGUGACCUACUCCAGUGCCUGCCAUCUGAGAAAAGCCACCUGUCUGCUGGGCAGAUCCAUUGGAUUAGCCUAUGAGGGAAAGUGUAUCAAAGCAAAGUCCUGUGAAGAUAUCCAGUGCAGUGGUGGAAAAAAAUGUUUGUGGGAUUUCAAGGUUGGCAGAGGCCGAUGCUCCCUCUGUGAUGAGCUGUGCCCUGACAGUAAGUCGGAUGAGCCUGUCUGUGCCAGUGACAAUGCCACUUAUGCCAGCGAGUGUGCCAUGAAAGAAGCUGCCUGCUCCUCAGGUGUGCUACUGGAAGUAAAGCACUCCGGAUCUUGCAACUGAAUCUGCCUGUAAAACCUGAGCCAUUGAUUCUUCAGAACUUUCUGCAGUUUUUGACUUCAUAAAUAUGUUUUUUAUAUUUAAUAAAUCAAAUUUAAACUAAUUGCAUAUGUCAAAAAUGCAAUACCAAAACCAAACCAAACAGCAUCACACUGCAAGUCACAUAAAAAAUGCAACGCCAUAACAUGGCUGUAUCAGAGGGCUUUGAAACAUACACUGAGCUGCUUCCAUGCUGUUGUUGUCCAUAUUUAAACAACAGCUCCCCUGUAUUCCCCCAUCUAGCCAUUUCGGAAGAUACCGAGGAAGAGGAGGAAGAUGAAGACCAGGACUACAGCUUUCCUAUAUCUUCCAUUCUAGAGUGGUAAAGCUUCCAACAGUGUUCAGUGUUAACAUAGCCUUUGGGCAAAAACAAAAAACAAAAAACAAAACAAAAAAAGGAAAAAGAAAGAAAGAAAAGAAAAAAUAUAUAUUGUCCAUACUGUAAAUAAGUGUAUGCUUAUUUAUUUGGGGGUAAAACUAUACAUUAAAGGACCUUUGUCCUAAAACUCUCCCAGGCCACCUUGUUACUCACUGGGCACAGAGAGGUGGUCAUUGUGAGGUCUACUGGAUGAGGCCCAUAGUUGAGAUUUGUAGACAUUUAUUUAUACUGUGUCAUGUUUUAUAAUUUAUACAUAAAAUGUCUGGUUGACUGUACACCUUGUUUUUGAAGAAAUUUAUUAGUGAAAGAAAGAGCAGUUGUUAUUUAUUGUGAGGUCUCUUGCUUGUAAAGUAAAAGCUUUUUUUUUCUCCUUGUAAACCAUUUAAGUCCAUUCCUUAACUCUCCACCCACUCAUCUGUCGCCCAUCAUUUCACUGUUGGUUAGACUCUUUUCCACUUUUAACAAACUUGCAUGUCAGUUUCUGUCAUAUUUAUUUAUUGGAUUCUCUGCUGCCUGAUCUGUACAUACAUGAUCCCUCGGGUUUUGUUUACAAGGAAUCUUGACUGACCAAAAGGCAUUAUAACUCCGACUCAAACACGAGGUACAGAGGCUAGACAUCUGUGAGAAAAUUACUACUUCAGUCCUCUUGUUCUGAUAAUAUUUGUGAAGGGGGACUGAAUGCAAUGUUAGAAUUCUAGGAAUACACUUUUACAAUGUCACAGAUCCAAAGAAAGUGUUGGGGUGUCAGGAGACUAAAGGAAGGUGAAGGCUAGACAUUGGCCCUUUUGGUGUUUCCUUUUAAGCUAGUCAGCUGUACCUUUAAAAUUAAUUCUUUUUCAACCAAUGUGUCACUCACUAAAAGUUCUAUCAAAGCUUUAUCAGUUCAAGUUUCUUGCUUUUCAUAAUACUUUUUUCUGAUGCAAUUUUAUAUUUUCAAACAUGGCAAGUUAAAUAUAAAUUCAUUUAAAUAUAUAGUUUUGUACUUUUCUACCAUGUAAAUGUGCAAUGUAUAUAAAAGUUAUAAUGUGUAUUUGUAAAUAAAUGAUGAGUGAAAAAAUAAAAAAAAAUUAAAAGCCAA